CCCUUUCACUCAUCGCAUCACAAUUCGGUCACCCUCCUUUGCCCACGAAAUCACAACAACUUUUCGACUUUCCCGGUUUUACGAUGGCGCCCGCAAAGGGUGAGAAGAAGCCGGCAGAGAAGAAGCCAGCGGCGGAGAAGUCUCCAGCGGAGAAGAAACCAAAGGCGGAGAAGAAGAUCUCGAAGGAGGGCGGUAGCGACAAGAAGAAGAAGCGCGUGAAGAAGAGCGUUGAGACCUAUAAGAUCUAUAUCUUCAAGGUCCUCAAGCAGGUUCAUCCCGAUAUCGGCAUUUCCAGCAAGGCCAUGGGAAUAAUGAAUAGUUUUAUCAAUGACAUCUUCGAGAAGCUUGCACAGGAAGCCUCUCGUUUGGCGCGCUACAACAAAAAGCCUACCAUUACUUCAAGGGAGAUACAGACUGCGGUGCGCCUCGUGCUGCCCGGUGAAUUGGCCAAACACGCCGUUUCUGAAGGCACCAAGGCCGUUACCAAAUUUACUAGUUCUUGAUUUAGGUUUUUAGGCGGUUCUUUCGCGGAUCUAGGGUUUCAUGUGGAUCAAUUUUUUUUUGGUGCUUUAGUUCGUACAUGUAAUGAUCUAAACUGUUUUUAAUGGAAGCUUUACUUUGAAUAA